UCAAUAGCUCUCCAAAAUGUAUUGCAAGUUCCCAUAGAAGUCAGACAAUAUAUCCCAGAGACAAACCACAGCAGCGGCGGUAAUAAAACCGAUUCCCAAAGUCUUCCAUUAAGAACGGAGCAGCGGCCCCCAAAGACUGUGACGACCAGACCAGUAUCGUGCACUCUCACUAUCUCGCUUUCGCUGCGGGCUGUGUGUUGUAUUUUAUAUUGAUUAAAGAACAGGCCCGCGACUGCUCGUUGCCCCCCACCCGCAUUGAGUCAUUUACAUGAUCGCAGCGCAACAAGCGGACCAGAGUGCACAGUGUUGAGCGUUCGUGGCUGUCAGUUGCUGAUUAGCCCGCACACUGGAAAGAUCAUUCUACUGGAGUACUACGAAAAGUCCAAGUCCAAGUACUAGCAGCAGCGGAAGCGAUAAGGAAGCCAAAGCCAAUCCAUUGGGGGAAAACUAUCUGGUAUAAAUCGAAGGAGCACCUGUCAGCGAUCAUUCAUUCAGCCGGUAGAGCCACAAGAAGCAAAAUGCCCCGAGGAGUACUGCCAACAGCCGAACAGGUUGCCGAAGUGAAGACAAAGUUUCUACAGAAACUGAAGUCGGAGCCGCCAGCAGAUGCCUUCCUUCCUGAGGAUCUGAAGCGCAUCACUGACAGCGAUUUGUGGAUUACAAAGCUGCUGGAGGCCUUUGACCUCGAUGUGGAGAAGACCCUCACCAAACUCUGGGAAAACUUGGCUUGGCGCCAGAGCUACGGCGUGUACAACAUUAACGAGAGCAAUGUGAACCAGGAGUAUCUGCACGAAGGUUCGAUCUAUGCACACAACAAGGACAAGGAUGGCAAGCCGCUGCUAAUUAUCAGCAUAAAGAAGCACUCGAAGAGCAAGAACGCGGACGACCUUCUGCGUCUUGUCGUGUACUGGAUCGAGCGCAUUCACCGUGAGAAUAACCUUGAAAGGAUCACCAUUUUCAUGGACAUGACUGGCUCCGGUCUGGGCAACAUGGACAUCGACUUUAUCAAGAACAUUGUUAAUCUUUUUGAGACAAAAUAUCCCUACGUGCCCAACUAUAUCCUGGUGCACGAGCUGCCCUUCCUGCUAAAUGCUGCCUUCAAACUGGUCAAGACCUUCUUGCCCGCCAAAGCCCUGGAGAUUCUGCGCGUGACCACCAAGAAGGAUGUCACCGAGUAUGUGGACAAGGAUAACUGCCUGGCGCUGUGGGGCGGCAAUGACGAGUACGAGUACAAAUUCGUCUAGAAACAAAAUCACAUAGAAAACCCUAAACUGUAUAAGAGUGUGUAAAUAAUACGAUAUUUAUUGUCAGAACUACUAA